CUGCAACCCUUGAUGGUGAUGGGCUCUCGCUCUAUCUCCUUCUCCGUCGACACGACCGCUCCGAGAACGUACCGAUCCCAUCCGCAGCGGCGCGACAGUUCUGUUCGGUCACUGUGUGCGUCCUGUUCGGGUAGCAGAAAGAUGGACUAAUUUCUCCCGUAAAAAUACUUCCCCCGGCGGUAGAAAUAGUGAAAAAGUGUUGCCUAAACACUGCUGCAGAUGAAAUUGAAGGUCAGGUAGAGUUGGAGCAAGAAACAGAAACCUUCCCAAAACCUCUCCCGGAGAAUAGUUGUGAAAUAGAAGAACAGCCAGUGCGCGAUCAUGUCUCAACCACAGAACAUUGGCGAUGUAAUAGAGACGCGGCGGCGGUCGCGCUCGAAAACUCCCGGCACGAUGAACCUGCGCGUCAGCUCCGACCGUGAGUUGAACGGUUCGGAAACGUCACCUGGGCGAAAGGUACGCAAAGCGCCCACAGUCGGUAUGAUCGAGGAGGAGGCAGCACCAUCACCCGUUGUCGCCGCCAGUCAAGGACGCUCCACGCCGGUGCGUAAAACGCGCGUCGUCACAUCCGACUACUCCUCCGAGGAUGUAUCGCCGGACCGAGCCCGCCAGGCGGCUACGGCGGUGGCCGCCAAUGCACAGCUCGCCAAAUCGAUGGGCCAGCUGACGCAAUCGUCCGUCACUACUACCACCACCACAAUGACCAGUACGGAACAGACCACGGUCGUGCUGGACGGUGGUAAGGAGAAGGUAACCAAGACGCAGACAGUCACACAGACAAGCAGCGGAAGUGCCGGCAAGGAAGCCCUUUCGACUUCACCGCCAAAGAAAGAACCCGCCAGUGCUCAGAAGUCUCAGAUGAGCACAACAACAACCACCACCAGCACCAGCAGCAGCAGUAACAGUGCGGCCAGUACCACUACCCGAAGCGGUAAACUGGUCGGUGCCGCCGCGACGGCGGCCGCCGUUAUCCGCACCAGCACGCCCAAGAAUGCCGCCCAAAAGAUGGCCCCGGCGAAGGUGAUCCUGACGCCGGAGGAGCUGCAGCAGCACGCCGCUUACAAAGAGUACCUGGAGGCGGGCGAGUACUGGAACAAGUACCCGAAGACGGACUACACGUACUCGGAGCUGUCGCCGCAUCGGCGCGAGGUAGCGCCCGGGCUCGUGGCCAUGCCGAACAUGUCGCGCCCCAGCCUGAACAAGCACGCCGAGCGGGUGCAAACGAUGAUCCAGCGCAAUCCCGAGCAGGAAGCGUUCAUACGCGAGCGGUACACCUCGGCCCGCUCCAGGCUGGUGCGGUCGAACCCGUACGACUCGCACGACGAGACGGAUGAGUUGAUGCAGAGCAGCAAGAGCAUCGGCGUCCAUCGGCAGCAGCGGGUAACGAUCGAGCAGCGCUCGAUCGUGAGCCGGUUCUUCCUGUCGAUCGUAACGUUCUUCUUCACGUGCGUCGAUUCCGUGCGCAACGUGUUCCGCCGGCAGGACGAGCAGCAGAUGUACUACACGAGGAUCGAGGACGAGCGAGGCUUCUUCAGUCGUGUGUACGGUUUUGUGACGUCAUUCUUCGUUAACGUAUUUAAACGCAUCUAUUUGCUGAUCUCUUCCGUGCUGUUUCUGGACGCCUGGUUGCUGCAGACGUCGGCCGCUAACGCGGAACAGCAGAAAAUUGGCCAAAAGAAGCGUCGGUUCUUGCUUUUCCUGUUGGUUCUGUUACCGUUUUUGCUGAUUGGAGCCUACCUAUUAGCGGAUGAGGAUCAAACGAUCGUUUUGCCCGCAUCGUCACGCGCCACGCUCGCACUCUCCUCACUGUCCCACAUUCUGCCAUCAAACAUGAAACACUCGGAGCUGGAUAUGGAAUCGCUUUACCGAUACGUCAACGAAAGGAAUGCCAACUUCCGCGAAAAGAUUCUAUCAGCGUCAUCCUUUUUAUCAGCAUUAUCCCUACCCUUCGGUUGGCUCUCCACAAGCAUCACCUUCUCGUGGCCAUGGUCGUGGACGGGAGGCAGAAGCGAUAGCACCUCCCGUGAAACAAUCCGCAACACCCUUCAGCGUACGCUUAGCAAGGAGGAGUUCGAAGAACUGAUGCGCCAUAUCGAUGCGUACAUUGAUGGCAUGAUGGAACAAAAGUUUGCCUCCAAGGUGGAUGAAUCGGAGCGGCUGCGGAAGGCGGCUGAACCGCCCCAAAGGGAAGCAAUUACUCCAGAAAUAACCGUACAUGUAGCGCAGGUUAUUGAGGAAAGCUUAAAAUCGUACAACUAUCAUUUAACGGACAGUGAUGUUGAUGCGGUGGUGGAAAGGGUACGACAAACGCUGCAAGCGUCCUACCCUCAGCUGUUUGAAGAGGCGUCAAAGAAAGCAGAUUCAAAUGAUACCCCGGAAGGUGGUAAAGUUGUGCUGUCGAGCGAAUACCUUACCGAAAUCCAGCGUCUAGUCGAGCAGCACAUGACGACGGUGCACAACCAUCACUACGCCAUCAGUGGAUCGCAACUGGAAGAUAUUUUAGCGCGUAUACUCUCCUCCGACAAGCUGAGCGCACUAAUCGACCAGCGUAUCGUAGCCAGCAGUGUGGCAGAGGCGCAAGAUCGUGCCGCUGUCGAUCAGCGUCAUCGCGAAGCCCUGGUGGACGAUUUGCGCAAAGAGCUGAACGAUAUUAAGGCCCACUUUAGCGAGCAGCUGCUGAGCAGCAGCGCGCAGUGGGAAGAACACCUGCAGCUGGUGAAGCAAAACCACAAACAACUCGAGCAGCAGCUAAAAGCGUACCGAUUGGAGAGCAACGAGCUUUACCAGAAACUGCUGGCCGAUAUUGACAGUCGAUUAAAUGCGCACAGAGAGGAAAGGUACGAAGGUGUGAAUAAGGUGAUACGCGAGAAUAUUAUCACAAUUUUGGGACUGAACGUAAAGCAGGACAUUGCCGACGGAGAUCUGCGUGCGUGGAUAAACGGACUGUUCGUAGCGCGUGAUCAUCUCGAGCAGCGGCUGGAGGAGAUUCAGGCGAAGGUGAAUGUGGACGUUCGGGAGGAAAUCGACCGAUCUGCGGGCCGAUUAAUGCUGGAGAUAGGUGAACAGAUACGGGCCGAGAUGAUGGUUCGAUUGAGGGAAGAAAUGAUGGCACGGGAAGCGGAACUCGCUGCCAGCCAUAGCACUGUUACUACUACUACUACUACCUCAGAGAGUAAAGCGUCUUCCGCUGGUGGACCGGAUGAUCCGGAUCCGGCCAGCUCCUCCACCUCGUCCAAUCUGACCGAGGACGACGUGAAGCGUAUCGUGCGUGAUGCGCUGAUCGUGUACGAUGCGGACAAGACGGGCCGGGUGGACUAUGCGCUCGAAUCGGCCGGCGGACAGGUGCUGUCGACGCGCUGCACAGAAAGCUAUCAGGCCAACUCGGCCGAGUUUCGCAUAUUCGGCAUCAUCCCGAUCCCGUACUCUUCGAACACGCCGCGCACGGUCAUUUCGCCUACGAUGGAACCGGGCCAGUGCUGGGCGUUCCAAGGUUUCCCCGGCUAUCUGGUCAUACAAUUAAAUACCGAGAUAAUCGUGACUGGCUUCACGCUGGAGCACAUUUCCAAACUGCUUGUAUCGAACGGAUCAAUUAGCUCAGCCCCGAAGCACUUCACUGUUUGGGGCCUGAGGGCACUGAACGAUCCCGAACCUGUCCCGCUAGGCAGCUACGAGUACCUGGACCAGAUGGGCAGCAGCGUCCAGUACUUCCCGGUGGAGAAUAAGGACUGGACCGAGCCGUUGCAGAUUGUCGAGCUGCGCAUUGAAUCGAACCAUGGCAACAUACACUACACCUGCCUUUACCGGUUCCGGGUGCACGGUGAUAAGGUGUAACCGGUUGUACGAAAGGAAAGGGAAAGGAAGCUAGAAAUGCAGCUAAUUGUAGGAAUUUGCUAGUUGGGAAGGAAGUGUGUGGGGCAAUACUUUUGCAAUUGUUUUACCAUAUUUAUUUCUCCGUUAGAGGGAGGAUGAACGCUGUUUUUAGUGUGUGUGUCCACGUCCGUGUGUUGAUUUGUACAUAGUUUUGUUUGAUUGUUGCUCUAGUUAGUGAAUAAUUCUUACGUCCUUUUUUACAAUUACAUCCUCUUUAAGCUACACGCUUGGAAGGGGAGAAAUUAUACCAUUGAUUAAAGUUUAGAACACGCCGUUCUCCCGUUUGAGUUUUCUAUCGUGAAGAAUAGCUUUAGUUUAGGUGAAACACGGUUUUUGUUUCUUUUUUUUUCGUGUCGAAUGCGUUAGAAAAAAGGGAAAGCGUUUGUUUAGUUUUUUUUAUGAUAGCGAUAUUGUUUAAUUACACUUUGUAUAAUACCAAAAACUUAAUUCAGCGCCGAUAGCUACACUCAUAUAUUACAAUUUAACACAUUGCUUAUUGCUUCUUGUUCCACUCUAACUGUUCCAUUUCCGUCUUUGUCUUAGAAACGCCAUUUCCACGCCAUUCUUCCUUUCGAAUAGCGAGUGGAAACGAGUUUUACUGACCUUUAACCUUUAACUGUUUUCAACUAAUGAACUUCUAAGUGUUUCUAUUUAGUUUCCAUUAGUUUUUCCCUAACCAAAGGUAUUUUUUCUCAAUCAAUAGUGCUUUGAAAUCGUCUUUUAUUUGUUCUGUUCUCGUUCUUCAUUUCCUACUAAUUUGUGUCCGUCAGCAACUUCAUUACUUAAUUAGGGAUAUCGUUGUAUUCAGUAUAGACUUGUUCAUUUUUUUUUAUUUUUGUUCGUGCGUUGCCUAUUAUUGUACUAAAAACUGUUUAUUGUACUAAUGCCUUUUUUUUGUUUUGAUAUUUAGAGAGUAAGAAAAACGUUAACAGUUAGGCAAGAGUAGAGGAUGGGGAGAAUAUUCAAACUACCAUAGCUUAAGCUCUAGUCUUUAGUAAGAAGAGUGUGUACAUCCAAUUACUAAUGAACCAAAUUGCGAAUUCAAUUUAGAAUAGAACCACCACCACCAGCUGCCUUAUGAUAGAAGCCUUUCUAACCAAUAGAAAGAAGAGAGAGAGAGAGGGUCCAAAUGCUUCAUAGAAAUGAGGGAAACAAACAGUCGUUUCGAAAACAAUUCAUUCCAAAUUAAGAAAAUGGUUCGUUUUGAUCACACUAGAAUGUUCUUUUAAGCCAAUCAUCAUCACAUACGUAC